AUGAAUCGAAAUGAUGCUUGUAGUGUGCCGGUGCACAGUGUUAUCUUCUACUUCCACAGAGCUUGCACUGUGCUGUCUUAUUCUAGCCCGAGAGACAACGGAUUCCUUUCAGUCCCAGGUAAUACUUUGUCUAGAGAUUCUACUAAACAGGAGCAAUUGGAAUCCGUUAAGCUUAUUUUAGAUGGUAUAAGAUGGCGGUUUCAGAUGCAGGAGCGCUUUAUACUGGUGUGGCAUGAGAUGGUUAAACAUAGGUUUUUAUCGAUGGAGUGCAUCAUGAGGAUCAAUCUUCGCAGCGCCAUGAGCUCAGAUAUACUCCGCGCUCUUAAUAGCGUAAUCCAACGUUUCGAGUACAUGCAGGACUUGAUUAACGGUCCUAGGGGCAGGAGCGAACGCAUUCCUAAAGGUUCUCUGCGAGGUUAUUUCGAACACCCAACGCAUUGGCUUACCACACUUAUCGCACGCUGUGGCACAAACAAUAUUGCGAAAGCUGUUGACUGGUUGGAGACAUCGCAGUACUUUGGACCUAUGUUGGGAAAAGACCCGCUUGGCCGUGUUAAAGAGGUCGACUAUGUCGACUACGUUUAUGGUAUUGCGAAGCUCUUUGGCUUGGAAGAUAACCCGCUUGACGAUGUUGACGACGUUGAUGGUAUUAACGACAUUGAUGUUAUUGAGGUGAAGGGGCCGGAUGAGAGCAAAUACAUCAACUGUCCAAAGGGCGAAUUCAGUACACUCACCAAUCAUCGAAUUGGCUUUAUCCUUUCCCAUGGACAGAAUAUCCGUGCUUGGGCUAUUCUGACAGCCAAGAGGUACGAAGAUGUCUUGAACUCUUAUGUGGAUAUGGGUGGAGCUGGUUGGAAGAUGAAUCCGCAAUUCGCUGCCAUUCUGCAAGAAUUCAGUCAGUCAGUACCUAGCGAGUACGAGACUGUUCUGGAGACUAAGAGAGAAGGCAUGUGA